AUGAGAAACCGUUUUCUUCAGCAGGUGUGGACGUUGACCGUCAAGAACUUGCUAAUAACGUUUGUUCGCCCGAGUUUCACCACCGUCCUGCGCGCAUUUGUCUUGCCCGUGAUUUUCGUGGCGAUUAUUUCUUAUGCGCGUAAUCUCUUUGUACCUCCGUCUGUGUAUGGAAUCGGAGAUCCCUCCCCCGUGCGAUCCCUAGACAAUGCGCUCUCCGCGGUUGGCGGAGGUAGAAACAAAGUCGUCUUCGUGAACAAUGGCUACGACGGGGGUGAUAUCCAGAAAGUCAUCAACCAAGUAGCGCAGCCGGCCCGGCAAAAUGGAGAUCAAGUCAUUGUCUUGUCAGCGGAGAGUGAGCUGCAGCAGACUUGUCGGACCACACUGAGAGGCACUUCGUCGUGCGUGGCCGCGACUGUAUUCUUUUCCUCACCCACAGAAGGGCCCGGCGGGAUAUGGAACUACUCGAUCCGUGCUGACGGCUCACUUGGUGUGAAGAUCGAUACCGAGAAAAACGACAAUGACCAGGAGAUCUUUUUGCUUCCGCUGCAGCACACGAUUGACUGGGCUAUCGCACAGAACAAUGGCUCAACCAAAGAAUCGGGACUUCCUCGGCAGGUUGACCAAUACCCCUUCACGUCACUCUCUCAGAAGGAACGACAAGAUCAGAUUCGGGUUCGCUACAUGAGCGCCAUUAUCGAUGUCAUUAGUGUUGCUCUGUUUAUUGGCAUGGUAGGCGUAACCUAUCAACUAACGGGUCUGAUUGCCGUCGAGCGUGAAAUUGGAAUGAGUCAGUUAAUCGACUGUGUAAUCUUGACCUCAUCGCAUGGGAGAGCCCAGGCAGCACGAUUUAUAUCCGCUCAUUUCGCCUUGGACUUGAUUUAUGCCCCCGGCUGGAUCGUGACCGCAUUCAUUUUGAAGUACGGUGUCUUCGCCAAAACCUCUGUCGGAGUCACCUUGAUCAAUCACAUUUUAGCCGGUCUGGCGCUCUCCUCAUUCUCAAUCUUUGGCGCAUCUUUCUUCAGAAAAGCCCACCUCAGUGGGAUCGCCGUCGUCAUCGUCAAUCUACUGCUUGGUGUUGUCGGUCAGCUCGGCGGUAUCACAAGCAAUGGCGCGGUUGUUGUGCUAAGUCUUCUCUUCCCUUCAUUGAACUAUGUCUUUUUCACCAUUGGUAUGGCGCGAUGGGAAAAACAAAGCCUGCCUACCAAUAUUGUCAAAGCUCCACCGGAAAGUCCGUGGACAAUCCCGGGAAUCGCAUUUUGGAUCUUGUUGAUUAUUCAAAUCAUUGUCUAUCCAGUGCUCGGCGCCCUUGUUGAGAGAGCACUCUACGGGACGGCUUCUACCGAGAGGAAGACAGGUCCUUUGCCAGACUCCUUGGCCCUCAAGCUGGAUAGCUUUUCGAAAGAAUACAACCCUUCGUGGUUCAAUCGUCGGUUUGGCAGCCUAUUCGGUUCGAAACGACAGGUUGUCCGCGCCGUCAAAAACCUAAGCCUAGGCGUGGUGAAAGGUGAAAUCAUGGUCCUGCUGGGCGCAAACGGUUCGGGGAAGUCUACCACCCUCGACGCAGUCUCGGGUCUUACCAAAAUCACCUCUGGGUCUAUACAACUCGACUACGGAGAUCAUGGCGGCAAGUUUGGACUUUGCCCCCAGAAGAAUGUACUCUGGAGCACUUUGACUGUGAAGGAGCACGUCAAAAUAUUCAAUGGGCUCAAGAGUCCCAGUGGCCCAGACUCGAAGCAUGAGUUAAUUGAAUUGAUCAGUGGUUGUGACCUCAAGAAAAAGGUUGACGCGCAGUCAAGAACUCUCUCUGGCGGUCAGAAACGAAAAUUGCAGUUGGCAAUGAUGUUCACGGGUGGCUCCUCUGUCUGCUGUGUCGAUGAAGUCUCAUCUGGACUGGAUCCGAUUUCGCGACGCAAGAUCUGGGACAUUCUUCUCGCAGAAAGAGGACGGCGGACAAUUGUCUUGACAACUCAUUUCCUAGACGAAGCCGAAUUACUCGCAGACCACAUCGCCAUCCUCUCAAAGGGAUCGCUGGAAGCUGAUGGGUCUACUGUCGAACUGAAACACCGGCUUGGCUCAGGGUAUCGAGUCCAUGUGCCACACGGUCCAGCGCCCACAACGCGAAAUAAAAAGCUCUUGGAAGGAGUUCAGGGAGAGUCGCAUUUUGACGAAAUAGUCUACACUGUACAAAAUUCCGCACAGGUUCCUCACGUCAUUGCUGCCCUUGAGCAGCAGGGAGUCGCAGAUUACCGCAUCAGUGGUCCAACUAUCGAAGACGUCUUCCUCAAGGUUGCUCAAGAAACCAUCGAUGAAACACCCACUUCAGUCGACGAUGUCAGUGCGCAACCGAAGGGAGUUGAAUUGAGCGUCUAUCCUCAGAGUGCACAAAAAGCGGCAAGCCCUCAAAUCUUGAAUGGAAAACGGAUCAGUAUGUCACGCCAAGCCUGGACCAUGUUCCGCAAGCGAUUGACAAUUCUGCGUCGUAAUUCUAUUCCCUACCUGGCUGCGUUGCUCAUUCCAAUCAUUGCCAGUGGCCUGGUCACCUUGUUUCUGAAAGAUGCAUCUGAGCCGACAUGUUCCGGGCCGGGGCUGUUCAACUCACCAGACGUGAACACGCUCAGCUCGGUGAACGAAAUCCUGUUCGUCGCCGGGCCUCGAGAUCGUAUCUCGACUUCCUCAAUUCAAAGCUUUGUAAGAUCGCUAUCAGGGCCUUCUGGCAUUGGACCCAACUUGAUAUCCAAUUUGUCAUCUCUGGUUCACACCGUCAAUUCCUUCGAUGAAUUUAAUUCGUAUGUCAGCGGACAGCGGAGAAGUGUCACCCCGGGCGGCUUCUGGCUCGGUGACGCUGACUCGAAUCCGACCUUUGCCUGGAAAGCGAACAAUGGAUUAUUUCCACUUGCCGCUGCAACCCAGAAUGCCCUGAACAUUUUCCUGACCAAUAUCCCUAUCGGGUUUCGAUAUCAGGCAUUCGACAUACCCUGGCAAAAUGGGGUUGGAGAUACGCUGCAGCUGCUCACCUAUUUUGGUCUCGCGUACUCCGUGUAUCCAGCCUUUUUCGCUUUAUAUCCAACAAUCGAAAGGCUUCGUAACGUGCGAGCUCUUCAUUACAGCAACGGUGUGCGCAAAUUCCCCCUUUGGCUAGCUUAUCUAUGCUUCGACUUUUGUGUCGUGCUGGCCGUCAGUGUUCUGACGGUGGUGAUCUUCCGCGCGGCCUCGGAUAUUUGGUACCACCCUGGAUACCUUUUUGUCGUAUUCUUCCUUUACGGCCUUUGCUCGACAAUUCUUGCCUACGUGAUUUCACUCGUGACAAAGUCACAGCUCGCUACAUUCGCGUUUGUAGCUGGUACGCAGUGUGUCUUUUUCCUCAUCUACUUCAUCGCAUAUAUGUCGGUUUUGACGUAUGCGCCAACCACGGAGAUCGACUCUUACCUUUCGAUCGUCCACUUCACCAUUUCCAUCGUCACUCCCGUCGCAAGUCUGACACGCGCUAUGUUCAUCUCCCUUAACGUAUUCUCCAUUCUUUGCCGAGACCGAGAGAUUCUCUCUUAUCCAGGGGACAUUACGGCCUACGGUGGUCCAAUCCUCUAUCUCGUUGUCCAAUCAACCCUUCUGUUUGCGCUGCUAGUCUACCUCGACGGUGGCCGGAAAAGCCUCGCCAUGUUCACGUCUAAAUCCAAGUCGGUGGAUGUGGAAGAGAAGACGCAGAUGGACGAGGAUGUUGCGCGAGAACUUGCACGUGUAAAGCACUCAAAUGACGGACUCCGUGUGCUGAAUUUGAAUAAAUCUUUCAAGAAAGUUGUGGCUGUGGAAAAUGUCAGCUUUGGCGUCGAUCGAGGAGAAGUCUUUGCUCUCCUCGGCCCUAAUGGGGCCGGUAAGACCACGACUAUCAGCCUCAUCCGUGGAGACAUCCAGCCAUCCAAAAAUGGCGGUGAGAUUUUCGUCGAGAAUGUGUCUGUCAACAAAUCUCUUGCGGCUGCUCGAUCUCAUCUUGGGGUGUGUCCCCAAUUUGAUGCUAUGGACCAAAUGACUGUGAUCGAGCACCUGAGAUUCUACGCGAGAAUCCGUGGUGUACCAGACGUGGACUACAAUGUACGCCAGGUGAUUGGGGCCGUUGGGUUGACGCCUUUCCAACACCGCAUGGCGACAAAGCUCUCUGGAGGAAACAAGCGCAAGCUUUCUCUAGGAAUUGCCUUGAUGGGCAACCCGGCUGUGUUGUUGCUCGACGAGCCAUCGUCAGGAAUGGAUGCCGCUUCCAAGCGUGUCAUGUGGAAGACGCUCGCCUCGGUGGCCCCGGGCCGUUCCAUCGUCUUGACCACACAUUCGAUGGAAGAAGCAGACGCAUUGGCCAAUCGAGCCGGCAUCAUGGCAAAACGCAUGCUGGCCCUCGGAACGACAGACUACCUUCGCACCAAACAUGGCAAUAUGUACCACGUCCAUAUCAUGCACACCCAUGCUCCGCAUACUUCAGACGAAGAAAUGUCUCGAAUCCGGGACUGGGCCCAGACGACCUUCGCUGGCGCUCAAAUCGAACAAAAAUUCUACCAUGGUCAACUUCGGUUCAGUGUCCCUGCAGUAUCUGCACGCAAGUCCAGCGAGAUCUGCAGUUCCCCCGAAGAUAAGAUCUGUGAAGAGUCCAUGGAUGAUUCCUCGGUGCCACCGGUCUUGCGAAGCAAUGAUCAAAUUGGAGAGCUUUUCUCUCGCUUGGAGGAGGUCAAGGACACUCUUGGGAUAAUGUAUUACUCAGUCAGUCAGACGACCCUGGACCAGGUAUUCCUGAAAAUCGUCGGUGACCAUCAAAUUGAGGAGGAAAACUCGCAGGAUCCUCCGAAGAAACAGGGCUUUCUACGACGGCACUCUUAG